AUGCUUUUAGUUGAAAAGCAAGGUUUGUCUGCAUCAAAAUAAUUUCUUCAGGAACAGACAAAGUUUAUGUCCUUUGGUGAAAAGCAAAACGUGUUUGUAUCAAAAUGUCUUCUGGAAAUUAUCACCGAAUUGCUUCAAGGACCGAUAUAGAUCCAGAGGAGUUUUUAGUCUGUCCAUACGACCCCAUCCAUCGGGUCGCAUCUAAACGCUUUCCUUAUCAUAUUAUGAAAUGUAAAAAAAACCAUCCUACUAAAAGAAUGGACACGUGUCCAUUCAAUGCUCGUCACAUUAUAGAGCACCAUCUCUUCCGGCAUCAUAUUUGUAACUGUCCGGAUAAAGCUGUGAUAGAGAAUGAUAUAAUCCACCAGCAAGGUAUUGGCAGUAGUGGUAGUCUAUUCAAAGGCAAUACAGAUGUACCGCCGUACCAUAACCCUGAGUGGGAAAUGCCAGAGCCAGAAGAAAACUGGGACUUAGAUGAAAACCAGACACACAUGUACGGAUCAAAUAAUGUCCAACCAUCUACUAUGAGUGUUGAUUGGAUGACUAACGCAGAGCGUAAAAGGUAUCACAAUAACUUAAUAGAAGAAGCCAGGAGGCGGGCUCAAGGGCUGCCAGUCCAACCAGAAGAAGACAGGCCUCAAAAUGAUAAACCACUGAGACUUCCAAAGGAAACUCCAAUGGUGCUGCAACAACAAAAACAAGUAGAGAAAACAGGUGCUGAUAAAAUUGCUGCGAAUAUAUUUGGUGACGAUAAUGAUGAGAAGAAUGGUAUUGUUCCCACGGAGAACAUGUUCUUGAAGGCAUCGUAUAACAUUGCAAGUUUAUAUACUCUUGAUAAAAAACCAGCAACAAAUAGUGUUUUGGGGCAAGUUGCUAAAACUGCUGCGACGCAUGCUUUACUUGAAGAACUUCAAAAAAGCUCCAAUUCUUUGUCGGCACCUCCUCCGAGGAUGUCACAGGUCACAGAGGAUUUGCCAGUUGCCACCACUCUUGCUUUGACACCAAUGCAUUAUGUGGCAAAUACAGAUACUCAGACAGCACCUAUGAACUACGCCAUGGCUAUUUCUAAUAGAUCAACAGAGGUUGUGCCACGGCGGUCCUCAUCAACUCCAGAUGGAACAUCGGUGUUUGUGAGUGCAGGGUUGGGAAGAGGUCGAGGCCGGGGUAUCAUGGACUUGUUAAAGAGACCAGGUGGCAAUAUCAGUCACAUUGGAGGAAAGAAAUUUGCAACUAAUGAAGCCAUAGGAGUACAACAGUCUAUUGGUGUUCGGCAAGUACAGCCCUAUGUAGAGCCACUUAGUAUGACUGAGACAUGUACUCAGAAUAUUUCAGUGAAUUCAGCACUACCCACUGAUGUACUAUCCGAUGUUCAGUUGCAAGAAAGAAAAGAAGCUGAAAAGGAAGCAACGAAAAAGAAAAAAGUACGGAAGCUAAAUAAGAAGCUAAAACAGAUUACUUUAUUAGAACAAAAAAAAAGUGAAGGUGGAGAUCUUAAUGAAGAGGAGGUCAACAAAGUUUCCAAGAAAGACCGCCUCAUUGAAAAGUUGUCAUCACUUACUGGACUUGACAAAACCUGGAUACUCUCACCAGUCUACAUUGAAAAGAUUUAAACUCUCAUGUCUAUGAUUGCUGGACAGUGACAGAUGAUGACAAAUAUGAAGAGGAAUUAAAGUAGACAUUUUUAUAUUUUGUUAUGAAAUCAAAGUUUUUAUCAUUUACUAAUAUACCAUUUUUUGUGAUAUUCUGUGAUAUAUGUUAUGGACAAAUUUUGAAGAAAAAAAAAUCACGCUAGAGCCACUUUUUUUCCCCUCGAGUUUGAAAACAAGUAUUUAAACAGGUUUUUCUGCUGCAUUUCUUUCAGUACUGCUAUGUAACUUGUUGCGAACGAGAUUUAACAAUUAAUUAGCCAUUUAUAAUAUUCCCUGUCCAUACUACCAUAUAUAGUCUGUUCACUUUUAUUUUUUCAUUUUUAUGUAGAUGUUAAUGAAAAUAUUUUUUUUUGAAAAAUGCAAAUUUUAUUAGGCCGAAAGGUUUCUGUGAUUUGUUUACGUAGAAAGGGACAAAGUUUGAACACAAGCAUAUUUUUAAGGAUAUUUUAAGUUUUUAUAAUUCACAAAUUUCUCUUAAAAUCACUGGACUGAUGAAUGCUGGAACUUCUGCAGGAAAUGUUGCUGUAAAAUACCAACAUAAGCAACUGAUAUUUUUAAAAACAUUUUGUUUAUUCUGUAGCACAGGCAAGAACGAGUUGAGAGGGUUUUAUCUAAAUCAUGGUGGGUGAUGGGAUACAAUUUGGGGUAUUUCUAGUUUAUCUCUAACGAUCUUCACAAGUUGCAAAACAUUGUUGUGCCUAACUGAUGAUGUCAUUGUUGUCCCAGUGUAAACCACCCCACCCCCCACCCCCCACCCCCACCCCUGCAGACAUGCAUAAAAUAUUAUAUCCAUUUUUGCAUUGUUCACACUAGGGCAACUAUAAUUUGUGGAACAGAGAAAUUGUGGAAGCACAUAUGCAUUGAGCUGUAUGUUUCUUUUAUUAUA